CGCCAACCUUAUCUCAAAUCCUUCCAGUUGCAACGAAGGAUGCGCUAAAGCAAUGCCGAACCACAUGGCAAUGAGCCUCAACUCGCGGCUGCGCUUGGCUGCUGACUGGGGCCGACCUGUUUCUUGAUCCACCAUGAUCUAAGUUAGUUACUGGGGGCUAUCAUCCUUCGUGUUUACUUGGGAUUUACAGCUAGAUUCUCUAUUUCUAUCCUGAAACUUCAGGAUAGUGGCCCGUGGGGCGGAAUAGGCCUGAUGUCCCAGGUCGAUACGGACGUCACAACCUGGGGCGGAAUCUGGAUCUCAGAAUGUCGUUCACAAUACUACCUACCCCAUAGAAAAAGAAUAAAAAAAGACUAGUGGAAGCAAUCUGCCAAUUUUAAGCGUCCUUGCCUGAUUAUUCUCCUUCGUUCGAAUGUCAAUCUUUCUCAAGUCCAUCUUUCUCAACCCUCUCCAGCAUCAUCAUCAUCAUCAUGUUCGCUCUACGAGACGCAAUCUAUCUUAUUGAAUUGUCCUUCUAUGGGCCUAUCAUCCCUGCUAUCGUUUUCAUCAUUCUAAUUCACACGGCUCAAAAGCCGUACACAUGGCGCCCCAUAGUCAUACCUCUUCUCCUGCUCUCCGGGUUGCGAAUUGCUGGAUCAUCAUUGGGACUCACAGCACUCGAUCCUGACAAGUCCUCGCUGCUCACCACGUCGACGUUGCUCGAUACAAUCGGGCUGGCGCCAGUCUUAUGCUUGCUUCUAGGACUUUUGAUUCGAGCAAAUGCACCAUUAGACAGGGGAUUGCCCAUCUGGGCGUUUCUACCACUCCAUUUGAUCACCAUCGCGGCCACCGUGAUGACAGCCUAUGGAGGGAGAGACCUUUAUACCACUCGGAAGACACAAUCAAAGGACCUGAAACUGAUGAAAGCAGGAAUAUUCCUGUUCAUCGGUGCCUUCAGUAUCUCCAUAAUCCUAGCGAUUGUAACGCUAUUCCGAGCCCGCUCGAUAUUUAAGAGAACGGAACGGACAGCCGCCAUCUGCGCGCUCCUAUGUGUUCCGUUCAUGAGCGUCAGGUUGGCUUAUUCGGCCGGUUCUCUCUUCUCAGGCCAGGGUUCGGUUUUGAACCCGCUUUCCGACGACGACACAAGCAUAUGGCUUCAUUUCCUCAUGGUUAUUGUCAUGGAAUAUAUCCCAACGCUUUCUGCGACUGCAGUCGCUCUGACUGCUAGGAGAAUGACAAUAACACAUAUCAGAAACGAUGAAGGUAAAUAUGAUUUGGACGAUGAAAGUGAGAACUGUAUUUAGAUAUGUGUUUAUUUUCGUUAUUUAUGCCUUAGAUUUUUCUGUCAUUCGGGGUUUUGGUUGUCGUUUUUUUAUUUUGUGCCGACGAAGAAGGUACAGGUUGUGGUAGCUGGAUGAAACACGCAUGAUAGUUAUCGAAUUGUCUACUGAGUCAAAUUUCUAUGUGUAUUAGC